ACGUCACUGGAAAUGGUGUCUAGUUUAGUGUGUAGGCUACUUCCUAGUGACUGCGCCGCAAGUGUCUGCAGAUCAGGAAUGAGGCAGGUGUUCAGCCGCUGGCUCGGUCCGAUCCACGUAGCGCUGACUCUGUUCGGAUUGCCGUAUUCUGUGUGUGCGAAAGGGACUUGCCCGGUUAAAUCCAUCAGCACCGGUGUGUCCUGCCGCGCUGCGAACCUCGGUGUCAUGUCGACCCGCCUGCACGUGAAAGCGCGGAGCCCUGUCUACCCGGGAUCAGACACGCGCCGAUUCCCGGUGCCCGAUGACAAGGUGUUCUGGGAGACGGAGUGGCCCGAGUACAGUCCCGCGGAGUACACGGCUCCGCCUGUGGCGGCCAACCCCGUUUGGGCGGAUCCCGGCAUCGGCUCCUUCUCGCCGCAGUUCAAUGCUCUUGACGGGUCAAUGGAUCGACGCAGCCAUGAGGGAGAGUACCGUGUUCAGGACCAGCGACCUCUGAACCCUCGGGGGCGGACGGGGAUUAGUGGGAGGGGCCUACUGGGAAAGUGGGGACCCAAUCACGCGGCAGAUCCCAUCGUCACCAGGUGGAAGACGGACGAGGCAGGCCAGCGCUUGUCUAACUCAGCAUCUAAUCUCCCCGUCCUGCAGUUUGUGUCCAUCCAGAGAAAAGACUGUGGAGAGUGGGCCAUACCUGGGGGCAUGGUGGAUGCAGGAGAGCGUGUGUCUCUGACGCUGCAGAGAGAGUUUUCUGAAGAGGCGCUCAACUCUCUAGAGACGGCCAACAGGGAGGAGCUUCACCAACGCAUCACACAACUCUUCAGCUCACCUGGCCUACAGGUGUAUAAGGGUUAUGUUGAUGAUCCGAGAAACACAGACAACGCAUGGAUGGAAACGGUAGCUGUGAACUUCCAUGAUGACUCAGGCGACAGCGUGAGCGCUCUUCCUCUGGAGGCGGGGGAUGAUGCGGGUCACGUCAGCUGGAUCGACGUUGACUCCGCCCAGCCUCUCUACGCUAGCCACUCCCACUUCCUGGAAACAGUUGCUAAGGAACGCCACGCCCACUGGUGACCAGGGCAGCAGGACGUGUCGUCACGGGGACAACAGAAACAAUAGCGUCUUCAUCACCAUCGAGGCGGCCCGCUCACCUGCUCGGAGUACCCACAAUGCACCUGCACUGACCACCGCCCGCUUCUACCCACAAUGCACCUGUGUGAGAGGGGCGUUUCGUACACAUUCCCCCAACAUCACGCUAAUGGUUCUGAUUACACUUUGAAUAUGUCUGAAGUUCUGCUUGUGUUUGGUCAAGUGACACAUUAACCGAUUAUAUUACAAACUCAACUAAUUACAUUAAAUUACAAAUGAGUAUAUUACACACUCAACUAAUCACAUUAAAUUACAAAUGAUCAACUCCA